AUGUUUGGAGGAGGGACGGCUAAUCCGUACGACGACAUCGUCGUGAAAGCGACAGAUGAGAAUCUGACUGGGGAGAAUUGGGAGAUCAUCCUCACUCUUUGCGACAAAGUAGGAGAUGAAGGCGAGGAAGGAGCCCGCAACGCCAUCGCAGCAGUGAUCAAGCGCCUGGCGCACCGCAACCCCAACGUCCAGCUCUACGCCCUCUCCCUCGCCGAAUCCCUCUCCAAGAACUUGGGCAUCGAAGUACACAGGGAGAUCUCGUCUAAAGCGUUCACACAGGCCUUGGAGAAGAUCGUGCUGGAUAGGACGACCCAUGACAAGGUUCGCAAGCGUGUACUCGCCUUGAUCGCAGAAUUGGCUGCGGAGUUUGAGAAGGAUACGAGUUUGGGGAUCAUGGAGGAGUUGUACGAUUCUCUCAAGGCAAAGGGCUAUAAAUUCGAACAACCGAGCGAACCCCUUCCACCUGCUGUAGAUGACGAGAUUAGGCGUAAAGAAGAGGAAGAGCUGCAGCGUGUGCUUGAGAUGUCGAUGCACGACAAGGGCGGGCGGGGAGCAUGGGCCGCUGAGUAUUCUCUGGCAGCUGGAUCGUCGUCGUCUGGAGCCGGAGCUGGAUCGAGCUCGACAACAACAACAGCGACUGCGGCGCCUACUACAUCCGGGUAUUCAGCUCCCAAGUACCAAUCGGGCUAUGUGCCCGCUCGCACGCCAUCUCCCGCUACGCAGAGGAGGUACCAGACUCCGCCACCCGCGCAGCAGCAACAGCCCCCUGCCCAGCCGCAGCACCAGCAUUCGUACUCAUCAAGUUUGUCGUAUGCUUCGAGUGCUGCGUCCCCACAGUCGCCCGCGGCAACAACGACGGCAGCCUCGACUACAGCUACAUCGACUACGAGCGGAAUCGUCACCCGCGUUCGGGCGUUGCACACGUUCGAGCCCACCGAACCAGGCGAACUCGCAUUUGAGAAGGGCGAUAUCAUCAAGGUUGUUGAUCGUGGAUACAAAGAUUGGUGGAGGGGCCAGUUGAAAGGGAGGACGGGUAUCUUCCCUGUCAACUAUGUCGAACCAAUGCCCGAACCGACAGCAGCUGAACUGGCCCGCGAAGCUGAGCAGGAAGCGGCUGUCUUCUCGCAAGCCGUGAACGUUGAAAAGUUGUUGACGAUGUUGAAGAAUUUGGAUCCUGAGAAGGAUAAUUUGGCUGAUAACGAGGAAAUCCAGGAAUUGUACCGAUCCUGUAUGUCGCUUCGACCCAAGAUUGUCAAGUUGAUCGAUAAGUAUAGUCAGAAGCGCGCUGAUUUGGUCUCGAUGAACGAAACGUUCGUUCGGGCUCGCUCGAUUUUCGAUCGGAUGAUGGAGGAGAGUUUGGCUAGGCAUACUGGAAUCUACGACCAGCAGCCGCCCUACGGUCGUCCUCAAUCAUCCUACCCACGCGCACAAUCCGUGCGACCAGAGUACGGCCCACCGCCCGCUGGGAUCCCCCAACCACAGGCGUACGGCUGGAACCCGAAUGUGUAUGACCAGCCUGGGUAUAACGCCUAUCCUGUUCCACAGGGCGCACCCCCGGUUGGUGGACAGCCGCCGUACCACCAGCCACCUCAAGGCCGGCCACCUCAGGGACAACAACAACCCCCUGCUCAUCAGCCUCACCAAGCUCCCCAUCAUCCGAGUCACCAACAGCCUCCUCACCAUCCACAACCCCCUCAUCCGAGCCACCAACAACCCCCUCAUCAGCCGCCACCUCAGGGGUACCCACCCGCCGGUGGUGCACCAACCCCGGCUGGACAACCCAAUGCGUACGGGUAUUCCGCGCCGUAUGGUGCCCAGGGUCCGACUCCGUAUCCUCCUCCUGCUGCCCAGGGACAAGGCCAGGUUCAGACUCCUCCCGGUGUGCAGAGUCAGGCGCAGCCGUUGAGGACGCAGAGUGCUCAAGGUCAUCUGCCGCAGCAGCAGGCGGCGUAUGGGGCUUCGCCGUAUGGUGGUGCUGGUGUGGUGUCGUCGCCUGGUGGAGUUGAACAGCCGCACCAGCAGCCGUUGGGGAGGGCGCAGAGUUUGGGAGGGCAGCAGGUGACUCAGCCAUUGCAGCCUACUCAACCGAUCCAACCUCAACCGCUCCAACCUACUCAACCUACUCAGCCAUUGCAGCCAACGCAACCGCUCCAACCCACUCAACCUACUCAGCCUCAACAACCCAUCGCAGUUCAACAGCCCCAGCCUCAACCACAGGCUCAAACUCAGCCUCUGGAUUUGCUUUCGUCGCAGACUCCCGCUGCUACGAGUCCUGCUCCGGCUACCGGUGGUGAUGCUGGUAGUGGGUUGGAUGAUGGGCCGUUGCCUGAGCCAUGGGCUAAUUUGGGAGCUGGAGGAGGUGGUGGUGGUGUGCAGGCGCCUCAAGGUCAACAGUCUCCUCAAGACCAGCAGCCUCAACGUAGUUCGACUGAAGAUUCUGUAUUCGGUUCUGGCCCUCUCCCCACACCGUUUGACCAACCCAGUACGCAGCAACCACAGAGGAGGGCGACGCAGGAUUUCAGCAGUUCGGGUCCGCUUCCUACCCCGUUUGAUCAGCCUAGUACGCAGCCUCAGAGGAGGGCGACGCAGGAUUUUGGGACGGCGCCGUUGGCUGCGUCGUUUGAGGGGCUGAAUCUUGGUGGUGGUGGUCAGCAGCAGCAGCAGCAGCAGCAGCCUGCGCAGGAACCGGCGGCGGGUCAGCAACAGCCUGUUCAACAACAAGAACCUGCCUCUCAACCCCAACCUACCUCUCAACCCCAACCUCAACAACCACAGCCAGACCCCCAACCCCAACCUCACCCUCAGCCCCACUCAACCAACGGUCCGCUAACCCCCUCGCAGAUCCAACAGAUGCUCGCAGCUGGCCCUCCAUACGUGUACGACCCGUCGAUUACGUACCCUGACCCGAACGUGCAGGCGUGGGCGCAGUAUUAUGCGCAGGGCGGGAAGGAUUUGGCGGGCGCGGUGUAUUUUGUUAGCGUGCCUGGUGUGACGGGUCCGGCGACUGGGGUGGCUGGUUCUACUACUGCACCUUCGGUUGGUUCUCAGCAGGGUGGCGCGUCGCCUACGGGUGGUAGUGGUACUACUGCUACAGGUCACACGCAGAGUCAGCAUCAUCGCACUGUUAGUCAGGGAGGGUACCAGAUUCAGACUGUGGUUGGUUCGCCUACGAGGUAUCAGUUGACGGAUACGGGGUUUGUUAAUCCCCAACAGCAGCAGCAGCAGCAGCAGGAUGGGUUAAGAGCGCAGUCGGCGUCGCCUCAGGGGGCGGGGACGCCUUCGUGGGUUUUGCCUAAGAGGGGGUAG